AUGACUAAAGUUAGUAGUUUUUACAGAGCGAGUUAUACUCAGGCUAUAAUCAUUGGGUUCUUAUCAUUUUUAGCCCCAGGUAUCUUUUCGGCUAUUCAAGGUUUAGGAGCUGGAGGUUUAAAAACUCCUACUACCGCCAAUGCUGCCUAUGCCUUAAGUGCUGGGGUCUUAGUUAUAACAGCUCCUUUAUCAGCAGUCGCAGCUAACAAAUUCGGUUUGAAGCCAACUUUGAUCUUUGGUACUUUAGGUUAUGCGAUCUAUUCUGCCAGUUUAUAUGAGAAUUCAAGAUCUGGUAAUCAAUGGUUCCUUUUAUUUGGAGCUGCAUGUUCAGGCCUUACCGGUGGUCCAUUUUGGACCGCAGAAGCUGCUGUAGCUGUUUCAUAUCCUGAAGAGAAAUUGAGAGGAAGAUUUAUUGCAACUUGGCAAUUUCUCAAUAAAUUCGGUACAAUUAUUGCUGGUGCUAUCAGUUUAUCUUUGAAUAUUAAAGGUAAAACUGGUGGUUCUGUAUCGUUAGAAACUUAUAUUGUUUUAUUUUCCCUUCAAUGUCUUGCACCAUUUGUAAGUUUGUUAUUGUCACCACCUGAAAAGGUUAUCCGUUCUGAUGGAGAAAGAGUAAAAACCAAUAUAACUGAUCAAACUGUUGGAGAAAGAUUCAAAGAUCUCUGGAGAGUUUUUACCAAAAAACAAAUACUUUUCUUAUCCCCUGGAUUUUUAGGUGCUGUUUGGUUAGGUACCUGGCAAGGUAAUUAUACCGCUAAAUACUUUUCUGUCAGAGCAAGAUCUUUGUACUCUUUCGCAACCGCUAUCCUUUGUAUGUUUGUUGAUUUCAUUAUGGGAUGGUUAUUAGAUUUAAAAUUUAGACGAUCAAAGAAAGUUCAAAUUUCCUGGUACGCUAUUGUUACCAUCAUGACGGGCUACUACAUUUAUGCUUUUAUAAUGCAAUCAAAAUUCGACAAGAAUGAUCCAGGUGCAAUGGAUUGGAACGAUCCAGGUUUUCUUCGUGCAUAUGUUCCAUUCUUACUAUUCCGAAUUGGAGUUGAAGCUAUAUUCAAUUGGGUUUAUUAUUGUUUGGGCUCAAUCCCAUUAACUCCUGCUGAAAUUACUAUUGGUGUGAGUCUUAUCCGUUGUUGUGAGUCUUUGGGUCAAUGCUUGUCAUUCGCUGUAGGUGCUGUUAACAAAUCUAAUAUGGUAAACUUAAGUGUUUCAGCAGCCAUUUUCUUUGCUUGUGUACCUUCAGUGACUUAUGCCACUACUUUAUGUACUGAUGAAUCACCUUUAGUGGAAAAUGAAGUUGAUGUAAAUGGUGAUAAUGAAAGCGAAAUCGAAAUUCAUGUGGAAAAAGAUGAUUUGAAGAAGUCUAAUGUUUCCGUUGAUGUCUAUCCAGUGGAGAAUGAAAAGGCUUAA